CGAAAGUCCGUCGCAUCGACGCAGUAGUCGGUAGUAUCAUUCUUACCUCUUCCCUUCAGGGCAUACGCUGCAUCGUGCUCCCGGACCUCUCAAUCCUCAGUGGGGCUUCAAUAUAAUUUAGCUAUCAUCUUGGCUCGAUCUGAACGGGUGCCAAAACCGGCUCAUCCACCAGCAAAAUUAAAUUAUUCUCAGCAAGGUGAUAAGAAAAGUCACUGAAUAGUCACAAUCCAAUUUUCGAAAAAGCCACUAUUGGAUACCGCACACCCUGUGACGGGAAAAGCAACUCUGCAAGUCUAGAUCGAAACUGUCUCCAAGACCGACUUAGCAAGCGUACGCCAACCGGGGAUACUGGUGCUAGAUCCAGUCUACGCGGAUAACAGAUCCGAGAACCAGCAAGGAAACAUAGUGACGAUGCCACCCCCGUCGAGGCGUCUUCUUAUCUUCCAGGAGGCGCGGAAUCCGCAAAGUCCAUCCGAGAUUGUGUAUCUGCCCGUCAAUAAAUUGGGUCUGCCGAUUUGCGGUGAUGGACCGGAAUUGCCUUCCAUGUUGGAGCUGCCGUUGCGGAUUUUGAGGGCGUUCACGGAUAUAUUCAACCAGCCGAAGUAUAAGGGGUGGGCGUUGGUAGGUGCUGGGCCGUACCACGAUACUUCUGUAGAAGGGAAGUAUUAUGCUGUGGUGCUCGAGCAGGUUCAGGAGGUCACGGUUGCCUAAUGCGUGAUGAUGAUGUAUGAUGGAUGGUAUGCUUUUUCAUGUUGUAUGAUCAUGAUGAUGUGAUGCCUCUUGCCCGCUUCAUUUCGUCGUUCUUUCCUUUCUUUUCUUUUUCUUUACUCUUUUACUCUCUUCUCAUAGAUGUGGGCGGAUUUGUGCUGCUUCUUGAUUCCCAUUCUUUUUGUAUCAACUGUGGCUGUACCAGUGGUUCAUUUUCUCAUCUACUCAUUUUUAUUUUGAGAUACGCUGAAGAUUCUACCUUUACUCUCUACCUGCACUGCCUGACCUUCUGUGGUUCCUAACGCUACAGGACUGAGGAGACAGCCAAUAACAAAAAAAGCCAAAAGAUUACGUGAAGUGCCCCGCAUACUACACUCCUUCAUCUUAUUGUUAC